AUGGGACUCAAGCGUGUUGAUGCUUGCAACACUGGCCUUGGAGUCCUUAUAUUUGCCGGUGCAGUGAACCUGGGACAGAGUUGGGCAACUGUUCUCACUCUUUUCGGCGCGGUCUUCACGUUCUACGUCCAAACAUGGGAGGAAUACCAUACCCAUGUCCUCACACUUGGUAUUGUCUCCGGCCCUGUGGAAGGUAUCCUGUCGCUCUGCUUCGUUUUCCUUACCACUGCUCUCCUUGGAGGGGGAAGCUUCUGGCACCGACCAAUGCUGCCAACUCUAGGAAUCCCACACUUCUCAAUACUUUCGGAUUCCGCUUACAAUCUCCCGUUCACUACUUGGUGGUUGAUCUACGGCGGAUUUGUUCUACUCUUCAGCACCGUGACCAGUAUCAUGAACGUUCUGAAAGUUGUUGAGAAACGCAUCGUUGACCGCCGACUAGAUCCACAGGCCUAUAUGACCAAGAAGGCAGUUGGUGGUAACAGGGACAGUGGCGAAGACAGUAAAUAUACUCCGCUUUACGGCUUGUUGCCUGCAAUUUUACCAUGGACGUUACUAGUACCGUACCUAUACAUGCAUCCGGAAAUACUGCAAAACCACCUCGUCCCCGUCAUCCUAUUCACUGGUAUCCUUAACGCCUACUCGGUCGGACAGAUGAUUGUCGCUCACCUUGUUAAGCUUGAUUUCCCAUACCACAACGUGCUCAACCUUCCUCUUGCCGUGGGUGUUAUCGACGGUUUGAUUCCGAGACUUGGGUUAUUAGAGAAGAGCUUCAUAGGCUCUGGGCAGAACCAAGUUGCCUUCGUCUUUGCGUGUCUGGGCCUUGCAGUUGGUAUAUAUGGAAGUUUUGUG